CAGGCCCUGGAUGAGCGCUACGCACCAGAGGAGGAAGCCCAGGAGCGUCUCACUUGUGUAACCCUACCCGAGCGAGCGUCAGUAUCUGUUGCCAAAUACUGAGAGAGGCUGCUUCCAGCUGAUCACCAUAGAAAGGAGGCCUGGGAGGCCGGGCUGCCUGUUUAAUGUGUGCAAAGGAUGCCCAAGACAUCGCCGUGGAAGGCGAGGCUGUCUGGUGGGGAGACUGUGGAUGUGCACAGGUGGACAGUUGUUUGCUCUUCUGGUGAGCUGAACAGUAGCUGGGCAGUCGGCGUCAUUGGAAAACAACCUUAUUUUGAAAUGAGGCUGGGCUUCCCCUGUCAGUGACCUGCUGGAGGGACAGUGCUGGCUCGGUGCCUGGCGUUGGAGUCUGGGCUGUGCAGCAGGCGGCUUCCUGUGAGCGGAGCAGCCGGAGGAGCGACAGAUGUCCCCUUGCAGGCUGUGGUCUGGCCUGCUGGCCGUACUGGCUUUCCUCUGCCCUACAACUUCAUCGUGUGGCCUUUCAACACACGUGGAAAUAGGACACAGAGCUCUGGAGUUUCUUCGUCUUCAUGAGGGUCAUGUUGACUACAAAGAGCUGCUACUGGAACACCAGGAUGCAUACCAGGCUGGGACCGUGUUUCCUGAUUCUUUUUACCCCAGCUUCUGCAAAGGAGGAAAAUACCACGACGUGUCUGAGAGUACUCACUGGACCCCGUUCCUCAAUGCCAGCGUUCAUUACAUCCGCGAGCACUACCCCCUGCCCUGGGGGAAGGACACAGAGAAAUUGGUGGCUUUCUUGUUUGGGAUCACCUCCCACAUGGUGGCAGAUGUCAGCUGGCACAGCCUGGGCAUUGAACAAGGGUUCCUCAGGACCAUGGGCGCUAUGGACUUUCACGGCUCCUAUUCUGAGGCUCACUCGGCCGGCGACUUUGGAGGAGAUGUGCUGAGCCAGUUUGAAUUCAAUUUUAAUUACCUCGCACGCCGCUGGUAUGUGCCCAUCAAAGAUCUACUGGGAAUUUAUGAGAAACUCUAUGGUCGGGAAGUCAUUACCAAAAAUGUCAUUGUUGACUGUACCUACCUCCAGUUCUUAGAAAUGUAUGGAGAGAUGUUAGCGGUUUCCAAGCUUUAUUCCACUUACUCCACCAAGUCCCCAUUUUUGGUGGAACAGUUCCAGGAGUAUUUCCUUGGAGGACUGGAUGACAUGGCGUUCUGGUCCACCAACAUCUACCGGCUCACAAGCUUCAUGCUGGAGAACGGGACCAGUGCCUGCGACCUGCCGGAGAACCCUCUGUUCAUCGCUUGUGGCAGCCGGCAAAACCACAGCCAUGGCGCAAAAGUGCAGAAGAUUGACUUUCACAGGAACGUGACCGUGUCCAUAGGUAAAGAUAUUGCAAGAAACAUCAACUACACCGAAAGAGGAGUGUUCUUCAGCGUGGACACCUGGACCCCGGAUUCCGUGACCUUUAUGUACCAGGCCUUGGAAAGGAACCUGCGGGCGGCGUUCACAGCCAGCUCUCGGGAGCCACUGAAGCACAUCUCCAGCCCCUCGGCGUCUUACUUCCUGCCUGUCCCCUACGCCAGGCUGGGCUGGUCAAUGACCUCUGCAGACCUCAAUCAAGAUGGGUACACUGACCUGGUGGUGGGCGCACCAGGCUACAGCCGCCCCGGCCGCUUCCAGAUUGGGUGUGUGUACCUCAUCUAUGGCAAUGACCUGGGCCUGCCCCCCACUGACCUGGACCUGGACACGGAGGCCGACGGGAGCCUGGAGGGCUUCCAGCCCUCAGGUCGCUUUGGCUCAGCGGUGGCCGUGCUGGACUUUAACAAGGACGGGGUUCUGGACUUGGCCGUGGGAGCGCCCUCUGUGGGCUCUGAGCAGCUCACGUACAAAGGGGCCGUGUAUGUCUACUUCGGCUCCAAACAAGGAAGACUGUCUUCUCCCCCCAACGUCACCAUCUCCUGUCAGGACACCUACUGCAACCUGGGCUGGACACUCCUCGCUGCAGACGUGAACGGAGAUGGCCAGCCCGACCUCGUGAUUGGCUCCCCCUUUGCACCAGGUGGAGGAAGGCAGAAGGGAAUCGUGGCUGCCUUUUAUUCUGGCCCCAGUCAGAGCGACAAAGAGGAGCUGAACGUGGAGGAGGCUGACUGGAGGGUGAGCGGUGAGGAGGACUUUUCCUGGUUUGGAUAUGCCCUCCACGGCGUCAGGGUCGAUGGCAGAACCUUGCUGCUGGUGGGGAGCCCUACCUGGAGGAACGUCAGUAGGCUGGUCCGUUCGUCCCACAGCCACGACAAGCAGAGCCUCGGCAGGGUGUACGGCUACCUCCCACCAGAUCGCGCAAGCAGGUUUAUCAUUUCUGGUGACAAGGCACUGGGGAAGCUGGGCACGUCCCUGUCGAGUGGCCAUGUGAUGUUGAAUGGGAACCGCACCCACGUGCUGCUGGUCGGGGCCCCGACUCACGAUGACGUGUCUAAGAUGGCGUUCCUGACCAUGACCCUGCACCAGGGUGGAGCCACCCGGGUGUACGCGCUGACCCCGGACAUGCAGCCUUCCCUGCUCAGCACCUACAGCGGAGACCGUCGCUUCUCUCGCUUUGGUGGAGUUCUGCACUUGAGCGACCUGGAUAACGAUGGCUUAGAUGAGAUCAUCCUGGCUGCCCCACUGAGGAUAACAGACGUCACCUCUGGAUUCCUUGGGGGAGAAGACGGACGAGUCUAUAUAUACAAUGGCAAACACACCACCCUUGGAGACAUAACUGGCAAAUGCAAGUCAUGGAUUACUCCAUGCCCGGAAGAAACGGCCCAAUAUGUAUUGAUUUCUCCUGAGGCAAGUUCAAGGUUCGGGAGCUCUCUGACGGCUGUGAGGUCCAAGGAGAAGAACCAAGUUGUCAUUGCCGCUGGAAGGAGUUCUAUGGGAGCCCGGCUUGCUGGGGCACUUCAUGUCUACAGCCUCGGCUCAGAUUAAAGAUCUCACGCCAUCAUCUUCCUACUCUGCUUGCCCCUCUCGUGUGGAAUCACCUCCAGGGUGAGAGCUCUGGUGGACCAGCUGGCACAUGCAGUGGGCCCUGGUGGACUGUGACGAUGGGGUCCUGGGAGCAGAGCCAAGCGCCAGUAGCCAGGUCACCUGGAGACUCGGAGCAGUCUGUGCCGCCACCAGGAGAGUGUGAGCCCGCAGGCCCUCCAGCCAGGUCCUGGAGUCCGCUCCCCUGGCUUCUAAGCCUUCUUCCCACUGACUGCCUGUGCUGCAACUGUCAAACAGCCUCCUUCCUCUUCCCUCUGAACACCUGUCUGAGGCCUGGGAAGGUUCUCCAUGGUUUUUCUCUUAGGACAACCUCUACACAGUUCCUCCUUUAAAAAAAAAAAAAAAAAAAAACCUCCCCUCCCCACCCCUGCAAACCC